UUCCUGCAGCUCCCAAAAACAGAUCUCCAUCCAGCACAGACAGACCCAGUCUGACCUCACAAUAGAAAAAAUAUCUGCACUAGAAAACAGUAAGAAUUCUGACUUAGAGAAGAAGGAAGGAAGAAUAGAUGAUUUAUUAAGAGCCAAUUGUGAUCUGAGACGGCAGAUUGAUGAACAGCAAAAGAUGCUAGAGAAAUACAAGGAACGAUUAAAUAGAUGUGUGACAAUGAGCAAGAAACUCCUUAUAGAAAAGUCAAAGCAAGAGAAGAUGGCAUGUAGAGAUAAGAGCAUGCAAGACCGCUUGAGAUUGGGCCACUUUACUACUGUCCGGCACGGGGCCUCUUUUACCGAACAGUGGACGGAUGGUUAUGCUUUCCAGAACCUUAUCAAGCAACAAGAAAGAAUAAAUUCACAGAGGGAAGAGAUAGAAAGACAACGGAAAAUGUUAGCAAAGCGGAAACCACCUGCCAUGGGUCAGGCCCCUCCAGCCACCAAUGAGCAGAAGCAGCGGAAAAGCAAGACCAAUGGAGCUGAAAAUGAAACAUUAACAUUAGCAGAAUACCAUGAGCAAGAAGAAAUCUUCAAACUCAGAUUAGGUCAUCUUAAAAAGGAAGAAGCAGAGAUCCAGGCAGAGCUGGAAAGGCUAGAAAGGGUUAGAAAUCUACAUAUCAGGGAACUAAAAAGGAUACAUAAUGAAGAUAAUUCACAAUUUAAAGAUCAUCCAACGCUAAAUGACAGAUAUUUGUUGUUACAUCUUUUGGGUAGAGGAGGUUUCAGUGAAGUUUACAAGGCAUUUGACCUAACAGAGCAAAGAUAUGUAGCUGUGAAAAUUCACCAGUUAAAUAAAAACUGGAGAGAUGAGAAAAAGGAGAAUUAUCACAAGCAUGCAUGUAGGGAAUACCGGAUUCACAAAGAACUGGACCAUCCCAGAAUAGUUAAGCUGUAUGAUUACUUUUCACUGGACACUGAUUCGUUUUGUACAGUAUUAGAAUACUGUGAGGGCAAUGAUCUAGACUUCUACCUGAAACAGCACAAAUUAAUGUCGGAGAAAGAGGCCCGAUCCAUUAUCAUGCAGAUUGUGAAUGCUUUAAAGUACUUAAAUGAAAUAAAACCUCCCAUCAUACACUAUGACCUCAAACCAGGUAAUAUUCUUUUAGUAAAUGGUACAGCGUGUGGAGAGAUAAAAAUUACAGAUUUUGGUCUUUCCAAGAUCAUGGAUGAUGAUAGCUACAAUUCAGUGGAUGGCAUGGAGCUAACAUCACAAGGUGCUGGUACUUAUUGGUAUUUACCACCAGAGUGUUUUGUGGUUGGGAAAGAACCACCAAAGAUCUCAAAUAAAGUUGACGUCUGGUCAGUGGGCGUGAUCUUCUAUCAGUGUCUCUAUGGAAGGAAGCCUUUUGGUCAUAAUCAGUCCCAGCAAGACAUUUUACAAGAAAAUACUAUUCUUAAAGCUACUGAAGUACAGUUUCCGCCAAAGCCAGUGGUAACACCUGAAGCGAAGGCGUUUAUCCGACGAUGCUUGGCCUACCGGAAGGAGGACCGCAUCGACGUCCAGCAACUGGCCUGUGACCCCUACUUGCUGCCUCACAUCCGAAAGUCAGUCUCCACAAGUAGCCCCGCAGGAGCUGCUGUUGCGUCAACCUCGGGGGCAUCCAAUAACAGUUCUUCGAAUUGAGACUGGCUCCAAGGCCACGAACUGUUCGACACACACAAAGUGGACAAGUGGCAUUCAGCAGUGGGUUUGGAAUAUAGUGAAUCCAAAUGGAUCUCAUGAAACCUGUACCAGGUGCUUUUAUUUUCUUGCUUUUUUCCCAUCCAUAGAGCAUGACAGCAUCGAUUCUCAUUAAGGAGAAGCCUUGGGCACUCUGGCCAGGCCUCGUAGGAAAAGGCCCUGCCCGAGGUUCCGGCGUCAACGGCCACUGUGUGUGGCUGCUCUGAGUGAGGAAAAAAUUAAAAAGGAAACUGGUUCCAUGUACUGUGAACUUGAAAACAUGCAGACUCAGGGGGGUCCCUGAUGCAAUGCUUCAGAUGAAGAAUGUGGACUUGAAAAUACAGACUGGGCUAGUCCAGUGUCUAUAUUUAAACUUGUUCUUUUCUUUUAAUAAAGUUUAGGUAACAUCUCCUGAAAAGCUUGUAGCACAAAGGCUCAGCUGGGGAUGGUGUUUGACUUCGGAGGAAAAAAGUUGCUAUUGCCCGUUAAAGGCACUAGAGUUAGUGUUUUAUCCCUAAAUGAUUUCAAUUUUUAAAAACAUGCAGCUUCCCUCUCUCCUUUUUUAUUUUUGAAAGAAUACAUUUGGUCAUAAAGUGAAACCCGUAUUAGCAAGUACGUGGCAAUGUUCAUUCCAAUCAGAUGCAGCUUUCUCCUCCGUCUGGUCUCCUUUUUGCAAUUGCUUCCCUCAUCUCAGUAGGGAAAAAAUUGAGUGGGAGGACUGAGAUGUGUGGGGUUUUGCCAUUGGACAAAGAAUGAGGUUGGAAGACUGCAGCUUGGAGUCUCUCUAGGUUUUCAACUAUUUCUUCACAAUUUGAACACUUGACGGUUGUCCCUCUUAAUUUAUUUGAAGUGCUAUUUUUUUAAAUAAAGGUUCAUCUGUCCAUGCAGUCCUCGUGGGUUCUCUGAAUGUAGCAGCUAUUGGCACUGAUCCACAGGGAGGCAGAAAGCGGGCGGCGGAGCCCGAGUUCAGGAGCAGCCGUCCUAGCCCCAGUGCUGUGUGCUUGCUAAAUGGCGUACAUUCCUUGUUAGCCACCUUAUUAAACCGGAUCAGCACAGAAGCUUUCCUCUGUUAGAUCUUCUGGCAGGAAACAGCCUUCUCCCAGUCCUCUAAAUUCUGUGGGUGUUUGCUGGGGUGUGUGUCUUUGUGUGUACAGACACACACACUUUGUCUAACUCACUUCAGUGAUCAUCGAGUGGAAUUUUAAAAAAUUAUCUUAGAGGAAAUAGGUAUUUCAAAUGUGGAUAUUCUUUUGGAACUAUUUUUUUUUUAAUGUGGUAGCUUCUGUGAUGUGUGACCAACUGAAGAUGGAGCUGAAAUGGGAGCCGCGUGGCCCCAGCGUGCCCCUGAAACAGCAGAGCACUGACAGUAGGGCGGGAAGGAGACCAGAGCCCCAGCAUGUGGUAGCCAGCCUGGAAUGUUACUGACAUAUGUGGCGAGAGGGUGCAGCCAAAAUGCUUAAGGAGGAGGCGUUCAGUGGCUUCUCGUGCAGGGGAGGGAGUCAGGAAGGGUAGGAAACUCUCAAAUGACUCAUGGCGCUCCUGUUUCCUUGACAUGUGAAAAACGUCACCCAUGACACAUCCCUAGGACCUUUGUCCUUGGGCCUGCCCACGCUCCUUGUUAUGAGGCUAUCCUAAGGGAAGAUGGCGUGUUCCAAAUUAGAGAGAAAUCCAUGGGUAGAGGUUGUCACAUGGAGCUCUGACUGGAAGGAUGUGGGCCUCUGAGGCCUUGGCACCCCCAGGUUUCCCUAACUAUUUUAUUGUAAUAAAUGUUUACAUAGAUACACACGUGCAUCUCUGCAAGCACUAGUGCAUGCACGCAUGUGUAACCACUGCCUUCAGGCCACUAAGCAGGGUCCCCGUGGGGCCUCGCAGGUCGAGCAGAGUCCUGAAAGGAUGGCGUCUGCAUACGGAAGAAGAAAGCUGAGACCAUGUUUAAACUUACUCAGAAUAAUUACAAACUAUGACUUUUUUCUUUCUUUCCUAUGAUUUUGUAGUUCUUUUUUAAAAAAAAAAAAAAAUUUGGAGGUUGACAGAGUGUUUCAUGUUAAGCCUUCCUCUAACUUCCUGCCUCCUUUUCCCCCACGGGCUUGUACGUGAAACUGCAGGACUUCCCCGGUCUGCCUUUUCUGCCCUCUCCUAUAGGGAUGCCCUCUCCCUUUGCUCUUACUGGCUCUGCGACAGAGCCUGCGGAGCUGACUGGCCUUGACUGAGUCUGGGCACGACCUCUUUUCCACGGUGUGGACAAGCCCCACAGGCAUGCGGAAUGUUGACCUUUUCACUGGUUUUAAGGAGCCAGUGAAAUCAUUGACUUCUCCUAUGACAUAUUUUUGUUAAUAUGGUUUUCACUUUUUCCAAGGAUAGUCCUUUAUUGCCACAAUGUUGAUUACUUUUACCCAAUGACAAAAAACAUGUAUUAAUUUGUAAUUAAACCCAACCAGACUGUUUUGGCCUUUCCCAAUUGGGAUGGGAGGGGGAGAAAGGAUAUUAAAUUAAGUUUUAA